AUGAAUAAGAAUCAAUAAAUAGAACAAGAAUGUUCUCUCUUUUACAUUGGGAAAUUUUUAUGUAAUUUUAAAACAGAUGAAGGAUUUGCAAAAAUGGAUAAUUCUAAAUAGAAAUAUAAAAUAAAAACUCAAUCAAUUCCAUUACAAAGAAUUAAGGAUAUAAAAUUUCCUUAAAAGAGAUUAUUUGUGGUAGGAGGUGGAAAUCUAUAAGAGGGUAAAACAGUAACUUGUAAAGUAAAAAAAGGUGAGGAAGAUAUAUUUAAGCUUUACAAUAAAUUUGGGUAUAUUGAACAUGUUUUUGAUGAAUAAUGGUAUUUUUUGAUAAAUGCUGGUUAUGUUAAAUUACAGAUAAAUUUUACACAAUUAAAUGCAUAAAUUUCAACUAUCACCUUAACAGAAAUAUCAGUAUUUAUGACAGAAUAGGCAAUCAAUGAUAAUUAUGAGCUUAAAAUUUUAAGGUUUAAUAGAAAAAACAAAGGUUAAAGGAGAAUAAUUGGAAAUGAGAAAUAAGGAUAAAUAUAAAUUUAAAACUAAGAAGAGAUUAAAAUGGAACAUUAAAGAUUUGCUAGAUUAUCUUUAUUGCUUAUGUUUGAUUUUAUGAACAUAUAAGUUGAGACACCAGCACUUGUAAAAUCAGAUAAACAAUUUAAAAUAUUUUUUUCAUAAUAUUGUUACUUUCAUGAAAAAUACAAUUCUUAACCUAUUAAUUAAUUGAUGAAGUCUUAUCAUAGACCUAUAAUUGAAAAUUAGGAAUACUUUAAUAAUUAUAUUAACAAUAAAUAAUUUUAUAACAAAUUAUUUAAUCGAGAGUAGAUUAAAAAAUUAGCAUUACUAAAAGAUGACAAGUAAGGAUAUUUAUCAAAUAGAAUGCCCUAUAAACCAUAAAUUGAAAAGAUUCAUCCUCUUUUUCAUUUAUAAUUUUAACGUGUUGCUAUUGCAUUUUAUGAAGCAAUUCUUAGUUUCAUAAGAAGAACUAUGAACUCUGUUGUUAAAUAAUAACAGAGUUCAUAUUCAGAUUAUAUUCUGAAAACAAUAUUUUUAUCAACAUUUCCUAUCCAAGAGAAUAAUUACUUUAAUGAUGAAUAAAAUUUAGAAUAGCAAUAAAACUUUAUUUAAUCAAGAUAAACAAUUUCUAAUAAUUUAAAUGAAAAUAGUGGAGUAGAAUUAUUGAGUGAUGAAAAUUUAAGAAUUUAUGAAGAUUCUAAAAAUCAAAUUCUAGAUUAUUUUUAUAUUGAUUAUGUGAUUUAAGAAGAGAAUCCUAAAAAAUAGUCAUUGAAUAUAUUAAAGAAAUAACAAGAAUCUUAUUUUGAAGAAACAAAACUUUAAUUAUAAAAAUAAAAUGAAGAAAUUUAAUAACAAGAUCUAAAUGAUAUAUUUGUUUUGGCAAAAUAAUUAAAUGAAUAUAAUACUCCAUCAAAAAUGUAAUCCUAGUUGAAAAAACAUUAAAAAGAGGCUUUGUAUUGGAUGCUUGUGAGAGAAGGUUAUAUCAACAAUUCAUCUGAAGAUUAAAAAUAACAAUUAUCACCUUUAUGGUAAUAGAUUAAACUUUUAAAUGGUGAAACUUUCUAUGUAAAUACUUUUACUGCCAAAAUUUCUAAAUAGUUUGUACCAAUUCAAGAAACUAAAGGUGGGAUAUUAGCAGAUGAAAUGGGAUUGGGAAAAACUCUUAUGGCAUUAGCAUUAAUAUUAGAAACUUAAAAAAAAGGUUAACAAACACUAAUAGUUGUUCCAAAGUCAGUACUUUUAUAAUGGGAGAAAGAAAUUUAAACUCAUUCUAAACCUAGUAGUCUAAAAGUAUUAGUAUAUUAUAAACAAUAAUCUAGAAGUUUAAAGAUAAAAAUAUAAGAUUACGAUAUUAUUUUAACUACUUAUGCUAUAUUGGCAUCUGAUUAUUCAAUAUGGACAUAGAUUAAUAAUCUCAAUUAAGAUUAAGAACAAGACUACUAAUAAUAAAAACAGAAAAAAUAAAAAUAAUAAUAAAAAAAAAAUACUAAGUAAAGUUAGAAAUCCAAUUUUAUAGAAGUGGAAGAUGAUGAAGAUGAUGAAGAUGAUGAAUAUGAUGAAUAUGAAGAAUAUGAAGAAAACUCAAAUUUUAUAGAUUUAACUUCUAAUCAUUCAGAAUUUGAUUUAAUAAGUGUUUAUAAAAUGUAAGAGGAAUUGAAAGAUGAAGAUUAUAAAGAAAAAUAAUAACCAAAGAAAAAAAAACUAACUGCAAAAUAAAUACAAAAAGCAAAAAAAGAAAAUAAUUUAUUUAAAUAAAAUUAUUAUAGAGUAAUAUUGGAUGAAGCUCAUAAUAUAAAAAGUAGAUUUACCCUUCAAAGUAAAAGUGCUAUUGCUUUAAAAAGUUAAUUUAGAUGGUGUUUAACAGGAACUCCUAUGUAAAAUAAACAUGAUGAUUUAUUUAGUCUUCUUUAAUUUUUAUAAGUUGAAACAUUUUCAGAAUAGUAAGAUAUUGUCAUUAUAUUAUAGUUUUUGGUGGAAUACUUAUGUUAACAAAGAAGAAAAUGAAGAUGAUCAAUAAAGAAUUUUAGCUUAAAUUUUAUAACCUAUAAUUUUGAGGAGAACAAAGAAUUCAUAACAAUUUGAAGAUCUAUAAUAAGUAGUAGAAAAUAUACAUUGGGUUGAAUUGAAUUAAAAAGAGAGAAUUUUAUAUUAAAAAUUGCUUUCAGGUUCAUAAAGUCUUUUUAACAAUAUUGUGAAGAAUACACUAAAUUAAAGUUAUAUUCAUAUAUUUUAGAUAAUUAACAAGCUAAGACUUGCAUGCAAUCAUCCAUAAUUGGCUCUUAAAGAUAUUAAUUUGGAGAAAACACCUUUAGAUUCUGUACUUGAGAAAAUUGAUAAAUUUUUUAAUGAAAAAUCACAAAAUGGUAAUAAAAUUACUGAGGAAUAUAAAUAAAAUUUGAUAGAAAAUAUAAAAAAUGGAAGUUUUACUGAAUGUUUAAUAUGCACUAAAAAUUAAAUAACAAUUUUUAGUUUAUCAUCUUGUGGACACAUUUAUUGUAAUGAGUAAUAUUUAAAUUAAAUUUUAGAUGUUUUUAAGAAACAGUUACUAAACUUAAAAAUUGUCCAUCUUGUCGUACUAAAUUGACAAUCUAAGAUUUAAUUGAAGUUGGAGUAGAAAAUGAAACUAAUUUUGAAGAAUUAAAAGAUUUAUCAUAUGGUCUGAGUUCAAAAUUAACAUCUAUUGUCAAUGAAACUAAACUUAUUUAAUAAAAUAAGGAAAAGGUAUUGAUUUUUACUUAAUGGAUUGAAAUGAUUGGAUUAUUGGAGAAUUAAUUUUAAGAAAAUGGAAUUUUAGCAUAUCGUAUUACUGGUUAAAUGACUGUGGAUAAGAGAGAAAAAAUAAUUAAUAAUUUUAAAGAAUAAUAAAAUGUUACUGCACUUAUACUUUCUUUGAGAGCUACAUCUACAGGAUUAAAUUUAACAAUGGCUAACAAUGUUUUCUUUGUAGAUCCAUGGUGGAAUGUAAAAUUUUAAUUUAUAUUUAUUUUAGCCUGCAAUUGAAGAUCAAGCUAUUGGAAGAGCAGAUAGAAUAGGAUAAAAAAAUUAAGUUAAAGUUAUUAGAUUUUUAUCUAGAAAUACCAUUGAAUAAUAAAUUAACUUGUUGCAUUAAAAAAAAAAAUUUUAUAUUAAAAGAGCACUUGGUAACAAUUAAUAAAAGGAAUAAGAAUUAGAAGAUUUCAAAUUUUUAUUAUUUUCAGAAUGA